AUGGGGGACUGGAGUCUCCUGGGGAAUUUCCUAGAGGAGGUCCAGGAACACUCCACCUCAGUCGGGAAGGUCUGGCUCACCAUCCUCUUCAUCUUUCGCAUCCUGGUGCUGGGCACAGCGGCCGAGUCCUCCUGGGGUGACGAACAGAGCGAUUUCCUGUGUGACACUCAGCAGCCUGGUUGCACCAAUGUGUGUUAUGACAGCGCCUUCCCCAUCGCCCACAUUCGUUACUGGGUGCUGCAGAUUGUUUUUGUCUCCACGCCGUCCCUGAUCUACAUGGGCCACGCCAUGCACAUUGUGCGCAGGGAGGAGAAAAAGAGGAAGAAGGAGCAGGAGGAGAGGGAGGCAAGAAGUGAAGGCGGAGGAGACCUGGAGGGGGAGAAGGAGUACCUCCAGCAGAGGGAGAGCGGGAAGGAGGUGGGCUCUGGGUCUGAUGGAAUUGGCCAAGUUCGGCUGAAAGGGGCGCUGCUGCAGACUUACAUCCUGAGCAUCUUGAUCCGUACAGUGAUGGAAGUGACGUUCAUUGUAGUGCAGUACCUCAUCUAUGGGGUGUUCCUCAAAGCGUUGUACCUGUGCAAGGCAUGGCCCUGUCCCAACCCAGUCAACUGCUACAUGUCCCGGCCCACAGAGAAGAAUGUCUUCAUCAUCUUCAUGCUGGUGGUGGCCGGUGUGUCUCUGCUCCUCUCUGUGUUGGAGCUCUACCACCUCGGCUGGAAGAGUAUUCGAAAGUGCAUACGCCAGAAAGUGAUGCAGAGGAACAAUCACAGAGCCGUGACAGUGGCCGUGUCUGCAGCCUUGGAACCCAACAGCCCACCUCGCCCCUCAGCCACCUGCACUCCACCUCCUGACUUCAACCAAUGCCUGGCCGCCCCGAGUUCAAUGAACCCCCUGACAUCCAUGGCCUCUCAUCCCUUCAACACCAGGAUGGCGCUGCAGCAGAAUUCAGUCAACUUGGCCACCGAGCGGCAUCACAGCUGCGACAACCUGGAGGACGAGGAAGAUUUCUUGAGAAUGAGAUACGACCAGGCACCCAUGGAGCUGCCCAACAGCUGCUCCCCAUCACCUCUGCUGCACUCAGGCUACAUGAAGGACAAACGCCGUCUGAGCAAGACCAGUGGGACCAGCAGUCGGGCUCGUCAAGAUGACCUGGCGGUAUAG